UUGGCUAUCAGUACUUGCCCUCCUCCCAGACUGUCAGAUCCUGCUGAAGCAGAGGGACUCUUCUUCUAAGGGAACAUAUCAAACACUGGAUUUAAAAUAGUCAAACGAUGAAUCGGAUGUGGUGGACACUGAUUCUUCUGCUCCUCAUUGCAGUUCAUGUCGCACUUUCUAAAAAGGGCGGCGGUAAAAUCAAAGGCUGGCCAAAAUCUUCAUCAGGCUCUUUCAACAAGAAUUAUGGAGUCUCUGAUCCCUACAAACAUAAAACAAAGAUUAAAAUCAAAGGCCCUGGUACAGGUCGCAUAGCAGCUGCUGCUGCUGCUGGAGCAAUUGGCGGCGCUGUGGUUGGAUACGGCCUUGCCAGGCUUAAUGACCCAUUUGAAAGGAUGUACUACAGACAGCAGCAUUACACUACCUACAGAUCGUUCAUUAUGAAGUGUUACACUGAAAAAGGAGUUCCAUUUAAUAUAGCGGAGUUCAAUGCAACAGUUUUCAACUCAACAGCAUCGAACACUACAGCUAUGCCCGUAACUCCCCCCAAGAAUGAAGACAGGUAUUCUCAGCAAAAGGAAGUAUGUGAGACAACAUACUGGAAAACAGAAGCAAGACCAGAGAGGAUGGGCCGCCGUCAACAUUCAAUAUACGAAUAUUACGAUUCUGAUUACAACUCUGCUGGAAUUUUCUGCCCAAACAUAAUUGUUUUCCUGAGCUUCAUUUUGAUGUUAGUCACUUAAUUCAAUAACUUGCAGAGUCCAAACAUAAAAAAUGCAACACUAACUUAUGUAUAUAUUAAAAGUGCUGGAAUGUACAAUGGGGAAAAACUCAUGCACCAUUUCUUUACCUAAGCACCAAACUGCUCUCAGCUCCCAAUGUCCUCCUCCGUCUAUGAAACCAUGAGAUUCAUGCAAGUCUCUGUAGUGUCACACUUACUGUAAAGACAAAGCUGAAUGACUUAUGAAGUAAAUGCUGUUAGUGCUUGGGCAGUAACAUUAGAUACCUUCA